GUGAAACAGUGUGUUGAUGUUUCAGGGCAAAGGGCAUGAGGGUCAAACUGUCCCACCUGACCGAAAAGCAGGAGUGGGUUCACAAACACAGAGCGUGUGAGAAGCUGCCUCAGGACCUGGAGUCUCUGCUCAACAGCAAGCCGGGCAUCCAGGCGUUUCGCUGCUUCCUGCGCUCCGAGUUCAGCGAGGAGAACCUGGAGUUCUGGCUGGCGUGUGAAGAGUACAAGAGCACAUCCGGGUCCAGACUGACGGAGAGAGCUCACAACAUCUACAUGCAGUUCAUCAACCCUGACGCUCCUCGGGAGGUGAAUCUGGACAGUGAGACCCGCGAGGCGUUGAUGGGGCUGAUGGAGGAGCCCACAGCGGACACGUUCGACGAGGCUCAGCACCGGAUCUUCUCUCUGAUGGCUAAAGACUCGUUCCCACGUUUCCUGCGCUCCUCUUUCAGCCAGCAGCCUCUCAGAGUCCUCAGGAAAACAUUUUUUGAGAGACACCAGGACUGCCGCAGACUGGUGUGGUAACAGAAAUUGAAAAGGAU